AUGGCACCCGCGAGAACUCUCGAUCAUCUUUCUCAAGAAAAAACCCUCCAGUCCAGUUUCGUUCGCGACGAAAGCGAGCGUCCAAAAGUCUCUUACAAUGACUUCAGCAAUGACAUUCCAAUCAUUUCUCUCGCCGGAAUCGACGAUGUUGAUGGCCGUAGAACAGAGAUAUGUAAGAAGAUUGUCGAAGCUUGUGAGAAUUGGGGUAUCUUCCAGGUUGUUGAUCAUGGUGUGGACUCAAACCUCAUUUCUGAGAUGACCCGCUUUGCAAAAAUGUUCUUCGAUUUGUCAUCAGAAGAGAAGCUUCAGUUUGACAUGUCCGGUGGUAAAAGAGGUGGCUUCAACGUCUCCAGUCAUCUCCAAGGAGAAGCAGUGAAGGAUUGGAGAGAGAUAAUGAUAUACUUUUCAUACCCAAUUAGUCAAAGAGACUAUUCAAGGUGGCCAAACAAGCCAGAAGGAUGGAAAGAGGUAACAGAGCAAUACAGUGAGAUGCUAAUGAGUUUAGGUUGCAAGUUAUUGGAAGUUCUAUCGGAGGCUAUGGGGUUAGAGAAAGAAGCUUUAACAAAAGCAUGUGUUGAUAUGGAUCAAAAGGUUGUGGUGAAUUACUACCCAAAAUGUCCUGAACCUGAUCUCACUCUUGGGCUGAAACGACAUACUGACCCCGGCACCAUCACUUUGUUGCUUCAAGAUCAAGUGGGUGGUCUUCAAGCAACUAGAGAUGAUGGUAAGACGUGGAUUACUGUUAAACCAGUUGAAGGUGCUUUUGUUGUCAAUAUUGGAGAUCAUGGCCAUUAUUUGAGUAAUGGACGGUUCAGAAACGCUGAUCAUCAAGCAGUGGUGAAUUCAAACUACAGUCGUUUAUCCAUUGCAACAUUCCAGAAUCCAGCACCAGAUGCAACUGUGUACCCUUUGAAGAUUCGAGAAGGAGAGGAAUCUGUGAUGGAGGAACCAAUCACUUUUGCUGAAAUGUACAGGAGGAAGAUGAGCAAGGAUCUUGAGAUUGCUAGGAUGAAGAAGAUGGGUAAAGAGGAAAAAGAACUUAGGGACCUACAGAAAGCAAAACUUGAGGCCAAAUCUCUGAAUGAGAUCCUUGCUUAG